GGCAGGGCCCUCGGGCCUCCACAGGUAGCCGGCCCUUCUGCCAUCCCACUCCCCGUAAGGUGCCCAACGGUCCCGGAGCCCGGACCUCGCGCCAUCCGGCGCUGGCUCCGCGUCGUUCCUGAUCUAAAGGAGGCUGCUGCCAUGACCGGGCAUUCUUCUGAGUUUGGGAAGGAGAAAAGGAGCUCUGCAAUAUUCCCGGACUUGAUGUAAUCAGCACAAUGUCAUCAGAAAACAAGAACGUCUGGAGGACUUCACCAUCGACAGCAGCAGCAGCAGCGAUGCAGCAGGUACUGGACAACCUCACCGAGCUGCCCUCGUCUACAGGGGCGGGAGAAAUAGACCUCAUCUUCCUCAAGGGCAUCAUGGAGAACCCGAUCGUGAAAUCCCUCGCAAAGGCUCACGAGAGACUCGAAGAUUCUAAACUUGAAGCUGUCAGUGAUAAUAACUUGGAACUAGUGAAUGAAAUUCUUGAAGACAUCAGCCCGUUAAUAAACGUAGAUGAAAAUGUUGCAGAGCUGGUCAGCAUUCUCAAGGAGCCUCACUUUCAGUCUCUCUUAGAGGCCCAUGACAUCGUGGCAUCCAAGUGUUAUGACUCGCCCCCAUCGAGCCCGGAAAUGAAUCACUCCUCGGUGAACAAUCAGCUGCUGCCGGUGGACGCCAUUCGUAUCCUCGGGAUCCACAAGAAAGCGGGCGAGCCCUUGGGGGUGACGUUCAGGGUCGAAAACAACGACCUGGUGAUCGCCCGGAUCCUUCACGGGGGCAUGAUCGACCGGCAGGGGCUCCUCCACGUCGGGGACGUCAUCAAGGAGGUCAACGGCCACGAGGUCGGCAGCAACCCCAAGGAGCUGCAGGAGCUGCUGAGGAGCAUCAGCGGCAGCGUCACCCUGAAGAUCCUGCCCAGCUACAGGGACACCGUCGCCCCUCAGCAGGUGUUCGUGAAAUGCCACUUUGACUACGACCCCUACAACGACAACCUGAUUCCCUGCAAGGAGGCGGGACUGAAGUUCUCAAAAGGAGAGAUCCUUCAGAUCGUCAACCGUGAGGACCCGAACUGGUGGCAGGCUAACCACGUGAAGGAGGGAGGAAGCGCCGGCCUCAUCCCCAGCCAGUUCCUGGAGGAGAAGAGGAAGGCGUUUGUGAGGAGAGACUGGGACAACCCGGGGCCUUUUUGUGGAACCAUAAGCAGCAAAAAAAAGAAGAAGAUGAUGUACCUGACCACCCGCAAUGCAGAAUUUGACCGACACGAAAUCCAGAUAUACGAGGAAGUGGCCAAGAUGCCGCCUUUUCAGAGGAAGACCUUGGUCUUGAUCGGGGCCCAGGGGGUUGGCCGGAGGAGCUUGAAGAACAGGUUCAUCGUGCUGAAUCCCACCAGGUUUGGGACCACGGUGCCGUUCACCUCGCGGAAGCCGAGGGAGGACGAGAAAGACGGCCAGGCCUACAAGUUCGUGUCGCGCGCUGAGAUGGAGGCGGACAUCAAGGCCGGGAGGUACCUGGAGCACGGGGAAUACGAGGGCAACCUCUACGGCACCAGGAUAGACUCCAUCUUGGAGGUGGCCCAGACCGGGAGGACGUGCAUCCUGGAUGUGAACCCGCAGGCUCUGAAAGUGUUGAGGACGUCCGAGUUCAUGCCCUACGUGGUGUUCAUCGCGGCUCCCGAACUGGAGACUCUGCGCGCUAUGCACAAGGCCGUGGUGGACGCUGGGAUCACCACCAAGCUGCUGACGGACACGAACCUGAAGAAGACGGUGGAUGAGAGCGCCCGCAUCCACAGAGCCUACAACCACUACUUCGAUCUGAUCAUCGUCAACGACAACCUGGACAAGGCCUUCGAGAAGCUGCAGUCGGCCAUCGAGAGACUGCGGGCCGAGCCGCAGUGGGUCCCCAUCAGCUGGGUGUACUGACGGGCCCUUUGCGCAGAAGAGACAAAAUGGAACCUUUCCAAGUAAACGUUUGUCUAAGAAACGUGUGCGGCGCUAGACGGUCCCGGCCAAGUCGAGGCGUUUUUACUCGGUAGACUGAAAUAUUAGGACACGACUCGGAAUUUUUAUAGAAAAUGUGGAAGGGGAAGUGGACUUAAAUAUGUAAUUUAUCUUAAUUUUUCUAACUUUUUACAGAUAAUCUUUCUAUUCAUAUCACAGAGAGAAAUGCGUUGAAGCAUUUUGUAUAUGUUUUGAUUUAACAUUUUUGCCUUUUUCAUCCGAGUUUUCCGAUCAUUCACUUUAACAGUGCAUUUUGGUCUCCUAUUUUCACUGUGAUAAUGGAUACUUGAAGCAGUUUUUGUAAAACCCUCAUUAUGGUUCUGUUGCCAGCUAUUCUUAUUAAGGGAAAACACUAAUUAUGAACUGUCAUCUAAUUUAAUUUCUUCUGAGAGCAGAAUGUCAGUAAUCAGUGCCAUAACCAGCAUCCCAUCACCUUACUCCGUGUCUGCUUUCUGCUCUCCUGGAGGUCGGUGCGGUUGCUCAUUGUACUUUACACAGACAGUAGGUCCCCUUCACGUUGGUUUUAGGGGGAAAUGCAGCGCGAGAAGGGGCCUCCCCUCCGAGGCUGUUCGUGUGAGCCGUUUCCCAGCAUGCAUUGUGUGGGGGAGGGUGCGGCCGCUCCCCUGUAACUAGUACGGCGGGGCUGAGCGAGAAGGGGCGCCCCCGCAGAGACCCCGAGUCCGCGAGGGACGGGGGAGGGAGAGAGCGCCUUAGGAUUCGGGAAACAGAAACUUAGGUCAAAGUAUUUAUUUUCACUAGUGAAAAUUUCACUGAUAAGGAAAAAACCUUAAUUUAUAAAGCUUUUUAUUAUAAUAUGGUCAGCAGUUCUAUUUUACAGCUAUCGAUUCCUGUGAUAUUUAAAGAUUCUCUCGCUUUUCCAUUUUGAGGUGUUCGUGAGUGAACCUUGUGUUUUCUGAGACGUGACAUGAUAGGAUGUUCGUGCCGUGUUGUGCUGAGAACCCUACCCAUUGAGUAGCUUGUGAAAGGUGGAAGCUCUUGCUAAAUGCUCUAACUAGAUGUUAUUUAUACGGCGCGUCUCUGUUAAGAGAUGGGCUUUAGGUUUAUGACGGGCCGUAGGGUGGCCGCCUCCUUGUGCUCACUGACAUUAUCAUAUGCAGAUUUCUACAUUCCCAUUGGCUCGCACAUCAGUUCCGCCGCGUGCAGAUAAGCGGCCCGACGCUCUCCCGGGACGUCCGGCUCUGUCCCUUGCACAUCCCCGUGUCGGUCCUGAAUCUCCUGGAGUUGGAUGGUCUGGGGGCAGGGGAGGAGGCGACUCCUAACGAGUUCCCCCCAGGAGACUUGCAGUGAUUGCCUUAGGCUUUCAAGGCCUGAUUCGUACACAGGGUCGCUCGCUUAGUCCCAUUAAGACGGCCCCAUGCGCCGUGCUGUCCCAGAGCCGACCCUGGGGUGUGGAGCUGUGACCCAGGUCCCUCUUCUUAGUCUUAGGAUAGGUAUUCCGCAUCCCUGAGAAAACCUUCUCCAGAACAGUCACAGUGUUUAAUCAGGAUCCAUUUGCAUCAGUUUCUUGUCUUCCCAUCACAACAUGAAUCAAGGGACCUGCUUAGAGGUAACUCUCGGUGAUUUUAGGGUUUCUGUGUUUGAGCUCGGCCCCUUCCAGGGCACAGAAGGGAGCCCGGAGUGUGUCCCCCCUCGGGGACCGUGGGGGCCUCCUGGGGACGGCGGGCUGGUGGGGCAGGGUCUGCCUCCUGUCCUGGUGGUCUGUACCACGUGUCCUAAAAAGGAGCCUGGGAGGAAGGCCGGGCCUCUCAACGCUAGAUGGGCCUGAAUCCUGACUUCACCAAGAAAGGGACUUGGAAUGGUUUCGUACGCUCGGCUUCCUUUGCGCUCAGGUGUCCUAAUCGGGGAUGGAAAGUGCCGAAGUGUGGAUCUGAUAGAAGGGCCACGAGGAGGGGGCUAAAGGGAAGCCCUGAGGGCCGGCCCACCCCUGCCACUCAGCCCCUGGGUGAUUUGGGCUGUGCCCGCAUGUAAAAUAAGGCUCCUCUAGACCCAAACCCUUGGUCCCAGGGCACGUCUUUAGGGUACUCUAAGAGCCAGCCUUCUGGGAAAAGUGAACCGGACCUUGGUUUCCUUUCCCUUCUCUAGGCUUGCCCAGCCGCCUGCGGCCCAUUGCUCGCAGCAGGGAGCUCCUAGCUGGCGGCCCCCUGACGAGCAGGGUAGACCCAGGGGGUGGCCUUUGGCCCUGGCGUUGGAGCCCGCCGCUGGGGUUGCAGAUCCAGCUGGUUCUGGAACUGGGGACACGUGCGAUGUGGCUUUGGGAGGUAUGGGGAGCUCUGAUGACGAGGGAACGGUCUGAAGCGAUUCCAAAUGCUCGGCCGCUUUGGUGGGGGACCAGAAGCUGCCGUAACUGGAAGGAGUCAUUGAGAUCGAGGAUCAUGUCUUAGAAUCUCCCUCAGAGAGGCAGGAGUGUGACUGUCGAGUUUCUAUUAAGUAGGAAACAGAACUUGAACAAUCGUCUGAAAUCUGUGAACAGCCCUGAAGAUGAUUUUCCUUGGGGGGGGGGGGAGGGUGCGGGGAGGGGGGCGUGCUGCCGGCCCCUAGAAGGGGCUUCCUCCGGCAGCUCCCCCGGGGCCUUCAUUGUCACGUGAUAAGUUCUGCACCAAGCUUUGCUCGCCCCCAAAAUAGCAAUAGUAUCACUGGCCCCGUGCAGCCAUCGGGGCGGGGACUGACCCAGGCCCCACAGGGCGUUGCUUUUCAUGGCAGCUGCCUUGGAAAUCUGAAGGCCCCGGGUCCCCCUGGCGCUCAGGGUCUGGGCCAGGCCCGUCCCUCUGGGCCCCUUUGGCUGCAGCGGCGGCGUCUGGAGCAGUGGGAGGCGUCCCCUCCCCGAAGCCCGUGACGCGGCAGGCCAGCCAGGAGCCAGAGCCCGGCCGCCGCGGCUGGGGGAGAGGGGACGGCCGGGCUCGGGCACACUUGUCCCUGAUGAGGCUCUGCAGGCUGGAGACCCUGCGUCAUCUCGCCUUUGGUUUGGCCCGUCGGGAGUGGCCGUUGUGGGCGCUGAGCUCCCAAAGGGAGGUGGGGAGGAGCCCCUGGGGUUCCUGGGGGUGCCCGCUCGCCAUCGAGGCGCUGCCCUUCUCUGCCCACCCGAGUUUCCUCUUCCAGCCGGGGCCCCAGGUUGGAUGAGACAUUCUGCCCCCUCCCCCAUCUCCCGGGUCCCCGGGCUGGGCUCCUUCUAGCUGGGAAGGUGAGGCUCGUGGAAGGUGAGGCUCGUGGCCCCUGUAGCUCGGCUGCCUCCCUCCCCCCCCAUGCCGCUCUCCUGCUCUCGACCGAGACCACCCGUGAGAAGUGAGUCCUGAUAGGUUUGGGGAUCGAAUCCUGGGUCUCCUGUGAUCAGAUCGAGUCCGUCAGGUUAUGUGAGACUCUAAUAUUCCCCUUCCUCCUUCUCUAAAAGAGGAUUGCAUAAUCCUCAGAGAAAUGAAAGGAAGCCCCCCUAGAUUUGGGCUUGGCGCCCCCGGUCUCUCUCCUGGGGCCGAUUCCUCCACCUCGAGGUCCUUCUGCGACCCCUUUCCAGGCCCGGGAAUCGGUGCCUGGUGCACAUACCCUUUGGAGGCCCCUGGCAACCCCAAAGAUGCCGCCUUGGAGCCGCCGUCUGGCCCUCCUGGAGCCAAAGCCCGAGGCCUGCGAGGAAGGACUCCUGUCUGUGUGUGAGAAACUCAGGGUCAGUCUAAGGAGCAGGAUCUCUCGUGGUGCAGCCGCAGAGACCCCCGGGGGGGUCCAGGGGAAAGCAGCUUGGCGUUCGGGGUCAGAUUGUAACAAAUAGAUGUAAAGGCGCGGGCGGCUGGCACUUUUGUUUUGUUGUUUUUGAAGAAAUUUAGGUUAUUAGAUAUGGGGGAGGGGGUCAGAGCGCAAGUCACGCCCUCCCUCCAAGGUCAGAGCUGGUUUCUGAGUGUUUACCUCACGGUGGUGAUCGCGCACCACAUUCUCUAUACCUCUAAGGAGCUGGCGUCCCCCACCACUGGCUCUCCCGGCCCCAAGGCCCGGCACGGGCGGGGUCUCGGUUCCACAGUAGCCAGCUUUGUUCCUUCCCUUUUCCCUGCCUCCCAGUUCCUGCUCAUGAAAACAUCCACAGGUGACAUUCAAGGUGCUCAUGAACAGCAAGAUGAACGACUCGGGUUCCGCCAGGGCUGUGAGGGGGGCUUGGAGGAGUCGGGGAGAUAGUGUCAAAAUGCGCACCGGCCCGCGGCCUUUCGGCCCCCGGAGGUCUAGCGGGGCCGUGGCGGGCCCUGCAGCUGGUGGCCGGACGGCGCGGCCGCUCCCCCCCUCAGCAGGAGCCCCAUCCCAGAGAAACUUCACUCAGACAGUAGCUUAGUUGCAUGUUUCUACUUUAAUCACAAAAACAGGGAGCAAUAACUAAAGGUCCCAAAUCCUCAGUACUAAGAUCAGUUACCGAUUGUUACCAAAUGCCGAGGUGCUUUUAUCAUUUCAUUUUUCAAAAGAACGAGAAUUGAAACAGAAGGUACAGUCUUCUAAGUAGAAAAAUUUCCUGCUUCAGAACUUGAGGUUCACCUGGUCCUGGGGAGGAUUUAGGCUGGAAGGGACCUUAAGGGACAUCAUUUCAUUUUACAAGAAGGUAGUAAAAUAAUAAUAAUAAUAAUAAUAAUAAUAAUAACCAAAAUGCCCUGAAUCCAGUAGAAACUUAAGUGGCAGACUUGGAAUAAUUGCAAGUCCACUUGCAAAGAGUCCAAAAAACCUAGACUUAAAGUCUCCGUCUAUUUUCCCUCCUCCACACAUGCAAAAAAAGGUGAUCCCCCUUCCCCCCCUCCCCCCCCCCAGCAAAUGUUUCUUUAAGGUAGUAUGAAAAAACUGGCCCCGAUUCCCUUUUUCAAAGGGGCAGCACCUGAAACUUGGGGGGGUUUCUUCCUGGCAUUUCUUUUCCUCUGUGGUUCUACAUGGGACAUUAAAAUGCAUGGUUUUUAGGAUCAGCUUUUGCACAUGUGCAGAAGAGCAGUUUGAAAAGCUGAGGGCAGAAAGCUCGGCGGCUGCAAGCUUGAACCCGCGCCGGACCCUGGCUCCGUACGUUCCUAAAGCCCAUUGCUGCUACUUCCCGGGCUGUCCCGGCCACCACAGCUCCCCGAGAGGGACGCGCGCCCUGAGGCUGGCUCCGCCCCAUCUUCCCCAGGCCCCCCACGUGUUCAUGUCUUGCUCAUGUAUUGUCCAUGAUGCCAAUUACCGAAAUGUACAAAGUCGGAGAUUUACCUAUUCCCAAUGAAAUAUUUUUGUAUAUAUAAAGAAAUAAAGACUUAUUAUUGGAA